UGAAGGCGCCUGUUCAUAUGGGUCUUCCCGACUGAAAACCGAAAAAGUUUGAAGAUUUGAUGACAAAAUGCCUGCUUUACAUCGGAAUAACUCAUGACAACUGGAUCCACAAGUCUGUCUGUAAGAAUCAAGAAAUCAGUGAAACCAAAAUGAUAAGAGUCGGACUUAUUGGAGUGUUGCUAGUACCACAGACAAUAGGUUCAACAGGUUGCCAACCCCAUGUCAGUCUAAUCAAAGAGGAAGAAAAGUGUCACUUACUCAAGCCAGAUUUGGCUACAAACUGUUCUGCGUUGUGGGACCACCUGAACUGCUGGCCUCCCUCUGUUCCUGGGCAAACAGUCUCCCAGCCGUGCCCGGACUUCUUCAACUCCGAUGGCAAAGUGGAGCGAAACUGCACGGCUCAGGGCUGGACAGACCUGCUCGUCCCACAUGAGGAAGCGUGUGGAUACAACUUUAACAAAACACUGGCCUUUUUGGGAGAGCAGGCAUCAGAGACCCACAUGUACUUCUCCUAUGUGAAGACCAUGUACACAGUGGGAUACGCUCUGUCUCUCAUCUCCCUCACCAUCGCCAUCACCAUCUUCUGUCUGUUCAGAAAGCUUCACUGUACCAGGAACUACAUCCACAUCCAGCUCUUCUUGUCCUUCAUCCUGAGGGCCAUCUUCAUCUUCAUCAGAGACUCAAUGCUCUUCACGAAUGAGGAGCUGUACCACUGUGACUACUACCCGGUGGCGUGUAAAGUGGUCCUGAUGUUUUCAAACUACUCGAUUCUGGCGAACUACAGCUGGCUCCUGUCCGAGGGGCACUACCUCUUCACUCUGAUCACUCGCUCCUUCUUCUCCCUCAAGAAGUAUCUCACCUGGUACAUCAUCCUGAGCUGGGGAGUCCCACUUCUUACCAUUGUGUGCUGGGGAAUCGCUAAAUAUUUGUACGAAGACGAAGGGUGUUGGGAAACCAGAAGACACGAGUGGAUUUGGUGGAUCCUGAGAGUCCCAGUGCUCCUGACCAUAACAAUGAAUGUCAUAUUUUUCCUGGGGAUUUUGCGGAUCAUUGUGAGUAAACUCAGAAUGCCCGACGCCCAACGCAACGAGCUCAAACAGUACAAGAGGCUGAUCAAGUCCACUUUCUUCCUCGUGGCGUUGUUUGGUCUGCAGUACAUAAUCUUUGCCUUCUUACCGGUCUCUGUCAGCAGUUUAAUGUUCAGAAUAUGGACUUUUGCAGAGCUGGCCCUGUCCUCCACACAGGGUUUCGUGGUGGCUGUCCUCUACUGCUUUCUGAAUGGAGAGGUCCAGCACGAGAUCCAGAGGAGGUGGAAGAGAUGGAGGAUGACCAGACUUCUCCCCAGCAGACCCAGGCAGUACCGGGGCUCCAUCAGCCAGAGCGGGUCCCCCCUCACACAGGUCUCCAUGCUGCCCUGCUCCCCAUCCUCGCCCGGAAAGCACACAGACACUGCGUACAUGUAA